AACAUUUCCAUGAUGACUCUACCAGUGCUCUUCAUUCUUACUUCUACUGCCAUACUGUGACCUCGUGUCUGGACUUGAUUGAUCUUUCUCGCUGCCGUUCGCGGAACAAACGAUCUACACAGCACUACUACUACGACAGCCAUCGGCGUUACGUCAUACAACAUAUUCUAUUCCAAUAUCUCAAGAAAGUCUAGGCUUCUGUCAAAAUGGUUCAUCCGUCCUCAACCUGCUGCAAGACCUCCGGAGGCGGAAUCUGCGCCUGUGCUGCGCAAGCCAAAUGCUCCUGCGGCAAAGAGAGUGCCCUCCACUGUACCUGCAACAAGGCUUCCUCCGAGAACGCCACCUCCGGAGCUCGAUGCUCGUGCAGAUCUCGCCCUGCGGGACAAUGUACAUGCGAGCGCGCCGUGACCGAGAACCACCCUGUCGCGGGCGCAACCUGCCCCUGUGGAAAGAGAGGCGCUGAAUCCUGCACCUGUGAGAAGGCCAGCGCAGUCGAAGAAGCGGCCGAGCAUAUCGAGACCGAUUUCACUAGCCACAGUGCGCACCAUACUCACCAUCUUCAUCAUGGACACAAUUAGAGUGUGGUGAGGAUGUCUUUUUGGACAGAAGUUGGUUCCUGGGCUGUGGCGUUCGGUGGAGUUCUCGAAUGGAUGGGCUGUUCUUUUUCUAUGGAUUAUCUGCUGGAUUUGGCUGUGGUUUCACUGAAUGUUCGGGGAUAAGCUAGAUGCAGGAUGUAUGCACAUGUGAUGUAUCAGGGUGGGAUCAUGGGAAUAAUUCAAAUCGAAUAUUAAUUUUAAACCAUCACAAUUCUUUCC